GCGAUCGCGAGCGCGCGCGGCGCCGCGCCGCGCUAGUUUAGCGCUAGCGAUAGCACGGGUAAGCUAGGCCAAUGAUAUGUGUAUUGUAGGCUAGGACCACAUGAACAGUCUUUUGCUGCUGAUUUCGAGGUGCGAUCGGCGUGUAAAUCUAUGUGUCUGAAUCAUUUCUUAUUUCGGAGUUUCUUGGUCCCCGCAGAAUUUUCACUGAGGUAUUCCGUGACGAGUGAUACAAGCUAUAGAGAUACUGAAUGCUGGAAAAAUGCCAAAUAAAAGGCGGAAAAGGCCAGAGGACUUAGCACGGGAGUACUGUGAGCAAGGAACUGACCCUAAUGGCUUUGAAAAGAGGCAUAUAAAUGACGUUAUUGGAUAUGGACUGUUUGCCACAAGAAGUUUUUCAAAAGGGGAUUUCCUUCUUGAGUACCGUGGCAUUAGGAGUUGUGUUGAUGAUCAUAACGAUGAGGGGACACGUGAACCGGAGCCCUAUGUCUUUUAUUAUGACUAUAUGGGAAAGACAUACAGGAUAGAUGCCUGGGAUCCAGAUUCUGGGUUGGCUAGGUACAUAAAUGAUGAGUGGAGACAUCCGAAUGCAGUAGUAAAGAAAGUGGUUAGGGACACUACGGUACACCUUUGCUUGUUUGCUUUGGAAGAUGUGAAAGCAGGAGAGGAAUUACGAUACAACUACGGAGUUGAUGACCUUCCUUGGCGAAAACAGGUUCACAAUUGUUCAACUUGUUCUCAAGUUUAUGCAACGUUGGAGCAAUUUGAGAUUCAUGCUCUGUAUUGUGUCCCGGUGCAGGCACCUCAGUGUAAUGUCCAAACUCCACCUGAAGAUGAACAAUAUUGCCCAACUGUUGUUGAAAUGGAUGACAAAAUCCAGACCCCACCUGAAGAUGAACAACAUUGCCCAACUGUUGUUGAAAUGGAUGGCAAAAUCCAAACUCCACCUGAAGAUGAACAAUAUUGCCAAACUGUUGUGGAAACAGAUGACAAAGUCCAAACUCCACCUGAAGAUAAACAAUGUUGCCCAACUGUUGUUGAAAUGGAUGACAAAAUCCAAACUCCACCUGAAGAUGAACAACAUUGCCCAACUGUUGUUGAAAUGGAUGGCAAAAUCCAAACUCCACCUGAAGAUGAACAAUAUUGCCAAACUGUUGUGGAAACAGAUGACAAAGUCCAAACUCCACCUGAAGAUAAACAAUGUUGCCCAACUGUUGUUGAAAUGGAUGACAAAAUCCAAACUCCACCUGAAGAUGAACAAUAUUGCCCAACUGUUGUUGAAAUGGAUGACAAAAUCCAAACUCCACCUGAAGAUGAACAACAUUGCCCAACUGUUGUUGAAAUGGAUGGCAAAAUCCAAACUCCACCUGAAGAUGAACAAUAUUGCCAAACUGUUGUGGAAACAGAUGACAAAGUCCAAACUCCACCUGAAGAUAAACAAUGUUGCCCAACUGUUGUUGAAACGGAUGACAAAAUCCAAACUCCACCUGAAGAUAAACAAUAUCGCCCAACUGUUGAAACGGAUGCCAAAAUCCAAACUCCACCUGAAUAUGAACAAUAUUGCCCAACUGUUGUUGAAACAGAUGACAAAGUCCAAACACUACCUGAAGAUGAACAAUGUUGCCCAACUGUUGUUGAAACUGAUGACAAAAUCCAAACUCCACCUGAAGAUGAACAAUAUCGCCCAACUGUUGUUGAAACGGAUGACAAAGUCCAAACUCUACCUGAAGAACAAUGUUGCCCAACUGAUGUUGAAACUGAUGACAAAAUCCAAACUCCACCUGAAGAUGAACAAUAUUGCCCAACCGUUGUUGAAACUGAUGCGGACUAUUGCCCAUCAGAGUAUGAACAAGAUAGCCCAACUGUUGUGGAAAUGGAUGCGGACUAUUGCCCAUCAGAGGAUGAACACCAAUCGGUUGACGGGAAUGAUGUGUUUUAUCCGACUGUUAAGCGAAGUAAAGAAGGGAAGAGAGUUUACAAUAAGCAUCAAGCAUGUUACUACUGCGGUCAAUUGAAGACUAAAAUUUCCAAGCAUCUCCUAGUGUGUCAUUGUGACGAAACAGAAGUUGCCCACAUAGCAGCAUUGCCCAGAAAUUCAAAAGAGAGACAAAUCGAAUUUGAACUACUACGUAACAAGCGAAACUACUAUCACAACAUUAAAGUCUUGAACACUUCUGAAGGUGAACUUAUCCUAGUGAGGAGGCCAGGGGAUAAGGAUAUUUUUGAUCAGGAAGAUUAUGGUCCAUGCCCUUAUUGUCUUGGAUUCUUUAAGAGGAAUGAUCUAUGGAAACAUACAAAGUAUCUUUGUCAUGGUAAGGAUUGUGAAGAGACAACAAUAUCUGCAGGACAGAUUAAGCUGGAAUCCGAUUUACUGCUAGACAAGGGGUCAGGAGCAUCAGCAUAUGUUAAGGAAGUGCUAGCAACAAUGAAAGAUGAUGACAUUACUAUGAUUGUGAAAAAUGAUCCACUAAUCAUUCAACUAGGUAACCGUGAGGGGAGAAAGUGCACGGGAGUAGAUUCACAAAAGAGGAAACACUAUGUUAGUCAGGAGAUGCGCAGAGUAGGGAGGUUGCUACAAAACCUCAGAAUGCUUGAUCACAAUGGGCAAUCCACACUGGAUCAGUUUAUAAAACCCAAAAACUUUGACAGGUUCAUAGAGGCUGUGCAAAUUACAGCAGGGAGUGGUGAAAGCAAAGAAAGCUCACCGUCACUAGCUUUGAGGUUAGGAAAUGUCAUAUCAAAGGCAGCAAUGAUAAAGAAAUGUAUGGCAUUGAGGAUGUAUGAUGAUAAUCCCACAUCAAGCAAAGAAAGGGAGCAAGAAGCAAAGAAUUUCAUGACUUUGAAGAAUGCUGAAUGGGCAGAGAAGGUAUCAUGUGAAGCCUUAAAUACCAUGGCAAAGAGAAAGUAUGAGAAGGUAGUAGAGCUCCCUUUAUCAGAUGAUUUGAAGAAGUUCUCAGAAUUUCUACAACAGGAGAUAGAGGCAUGCGAAGACCUGACAGAUCCAACAACAUAUAGGAGAUGUGAAACCCUUGUUUUGGCAAGACUUACGACAUUUAACAAAAGAAGAGGAGGAGAGAUGGAGCAGCUGAAACUGAAAUCAUACACAGAGAGACCAAACUGGAAUGCAGUAGGCUCAGGCAUAGAAGAAGUGAAAAAGUCCCUAUCUCCACUGGAGCAACAUCUAAUGAAUGAUCUAGACAUGGUUUACACUAGAGGAAAACGUGGACGUAAGGUACCUGUGUUAAUUCCUCAAGAUUGCAAGGCAACAAUGGAUAAACUUGUGGCUCACCGUCAUGAAGGAGGCAUUACAAAAGAUAAUGUAUACUUCUUUGCACGGCCUGGAUGUGAAACCUCCCUCCGAGCAUCAGACAGUCUUCAAGCAUUGGCUGAGGAGGCAGAUCUAAUGAAGCCUCAUCUCAUUCGCACAACAAAGAUGAGAAAGUACUGUGGGACGGUGUCGCAGAUAUUGAAUCUGUCAGAGAGUCAGCUAGACUGGUUAGCUGAUCACAUGGGCCACGACAUCCGAGUGCAUCGGGAGUUUUAUAGAUUAAACGAAUCGACCAUCGAACUGGCAAAGGUUGCUAAGCUCAUGAUUGCAAUUGAUGAGGGCAAGGCUGGAAAGCUAAUAGGAAAAAACCUGGAUGAGAUCACCGAAGGGGACAUAGACAUCCAGGAUUUAUUACAAGAACAACAAGAACCAACAGAUGUACCAGAAAAAUGUGGCAACAUCCCAGAAUCAGAACAGAGGAAAAGUGAAAUGCCAAGAGAUAUGCAAGUUGGGCAACUUUGCAAGAGAUCUGCACUGAAGAUCAGGGACCAGUCAAGUGUGUCACAACAGAAGCAGAGGAAAAGCAGGUGCAUGGUGAAAGAUAUACCAGAGUUUGAAGACAGCAGCCCUGAAUCAGAUGCUCAGUCGAAGCAAAAGAAGAGAAAGAAGACAGAGAGAUCAGAAUGUAUGUCAUUGAUGGUUUCCAGUGGGAAAUGUUAUAAUGUACCAGAGUCUGAAUAUAGCAGCCCUGAAUCUGAUGCUGAACCAAAGCAGAUGAAAAGAAAGAAGACAAAGAGUUCAUCAAGAGAUGUAUUAGAGUCUGAAUACAGCAGCCCUGAAUCAGAUGCUCAUCCAAAGCAGAAGAAGAGAACGAAGACAAAGAAAUCAAAAGGGAAUCGUCGCCCAUGGUCAAAGGAAGAGACUCGUGCUGUAUGGAAAUACUUCCAUCAAGAUAUAAAAAAGGGAAACACACCUGGCAAGAUCCUGUGCAUGCGUUGCAUUCAGCAAAACGAAGUUUUGAAAGAAAGAUCUUGGAGAGAUGUUAAGUAUAAAGUGAGAAACAGUGUGGUUUCUAUGAGGAAUUCGCGAAAGUGAGUAAAUCAAGAGUUUUUACUCCGCCAAAAGUGCUACAUUUGCAGAAAACAUCUGUAAAUAAUUAGGAAGUUUAAUUGCUACCAGACUGAAAAGUUUCUUGUAUGGAUGGAAACUUAGUAAAAGGAGAAAUGAUGAGGUUUUGACCUUCAGUAAUUAAACAUGGUCAGCUAUUCUUGUAGACAUUCAUGAGGUCUGUUGUUUAAACAUGGAAGUAAAGAUUUUCUUAGACAUCCAGUCUAUGGUGAAAAGGUGAUAAAACUCAGCAGCUGACAUUCAUCCCACCUAAUAGUUGGUUCUUCAGAGCUGUGGCACUCCUCCCAAGUCAUCUGCUAACAUGGCAACUGGUCUUGCCAGUACUUCCAAAUAUUGUUUGGACACAUUGUGUACAGCAUGCAUAAAUUGCAUAAUUCAAUCUUGAUGGCAGUGCAUUUGGGUACAAAUGCUUACAUGCAGUAACUGUUUGUGUAUGCUAACAUUAAAUGCUUGCUUAUAAUGUUCUUGUACAUGUUACAAUGAAUCCUGGACAUUUCAUACCCAUUUAUCAUCAUCCUGAGUUAGUUCAUACCCAUUUUUUUUUAAUAGGAAUUGGUCUAAAUCCAUUAUCUGAAUGGAUUUAGACAGCUUUAAUGUAUUUGAUGGCCAAUUUCAGUACAUCAAUUUUUAAUUUUGUUUUGAACUUCAAAAUAUACAUUUUAGUGCAAAAAAUGAUGACAAAAUCCCAAUAUGUCAUUUGUGAAUGAUAUAAUCAUGAUCAUGAUUGUAUCUAAUUCUCAUCCACUCCAUUUCAAAGAGAUUUACUUUUGUGGCCCACUUUACAUGCAAACAUAACAAAAGGUAUGAAUUUCAGGUAAAAAUAUUGAACGUGUGUCAGUACUGAUGGGUAUGAAGUGUCUCGCAUAUGAAAUGUCCAGUUUCCGUUAAAAUUUGGUCCAAACAAUUUCUCAUUUUGCCUGGCCCAAUAGUUGGUAUAUUCUAUAUUUUAAGUGUUUUUCACAUUUUUGUUUGAUUUCUUGAACUACAUAAAACUUUGGGGAAGUCUGAAGUGAAUUAAGAAGUUCUUUACUGUAGUUAAGAGUGGUUUGCUUUGUUAACUGUUUUCGCAGAUAUAAAAGAUAGGUAAUAUGGUGACAAACACUUUUUCCUUUGAUGUUCAAAUUUUACUUUAAACAAGAGAAAAUGGUAUUUCCAAUGACAAAUAUGUUAAUCAUAUACACACCUUUGCAGUCAUUGUUGUGUUUUGUACAUUUUAGUAUUUUUUUUUCCUUCUUUCUUUUAACAAGACAUAAAAAUUCUCCUUUAGGAUACAGAUGCCAAAUUUCCCAUUAUUUCCCAUUUGUUUAACAAGUAUUAUAGAAUCACUCAGCAUGGGAAGACCGUAGUCUCAAUUUUGCCACUUUUGCUCCAAAUAGAUGAAUGUAGAUACAGUAAGUAACUGUAAGUUUCGAUAUUAAAUUCUGGUAUGGUAGUACCUAUAUAACUGUUCAGGUUCAAUGUGGGAUUUGCAAUUUCAAAGGUUACCCAGAACUAUUGGGAAAAUAGAUACAGUAAGAUAUUGUUUCUUUUGAGAGUUGUAAUAAAAUGUUGUUAGUUACAAUUUA